UUGCCUUUCCCCUUUCUCCUUCUAAUCUACGCUAAAUCCUCGACGAAUUCCUAAUUACAAACCCCCAAUUUUUCUUUUUCAAGAAACCCAAAACGGAAGGAAGUAGAAAAGAGUAAUGAAACGAGCUCACAUAAAUCGAAAAUGCUCGCUGCCAAUUAUCUCCGUUUCGAUUUCUGCUGUGAUACUGAUUUUCAUCUUCACUCUGUCCCACCCCAAACCCACCAAUUCUUCUUUCCCAUCUUCGAAAUCAGUUGACUCCGCCGAUUCCUCAGCCUCGCCGGAACUGCCGCGGUUUGCGUACUUCAUCUCCGGCACAAGCGGCGACGGCGGGCGGCUGAAGCGGCUGCUUCAGGCGUUGUACCACCCGCGGAAUUACUAUCUGCUCCACCUGGAUUUGGAGGCCUCCGACGCCGAAAGGCUUGACCUUGCCAAGUAUGUCAAGUCUGAAUCAGUAAUUAAGGAGUUCAAGAAUGUGAUGGUUAUGGGGAAGGGUAAUUUGGCCACUCCCAAAGGUCCGACGACAAUGGCGUCCACACUUCACGCGAUUGCGAUUCUGUUGAAGCGGGCGAAGCACUGGGACUGGUUCGUCAACAUUGGAGCCUCUGAUUAUCCGCUUAUGCCGCAGGAUGAUAUUCUGCACAUAUUCUCGUACUUGCCUAGGGAUCUGAAUUUCAUCGAGCAUAGUAGUGACUUGGGUUGGAAAGAACAACAAAGAGCUAGGCCUAUAAUUAUAGAUCCUGGAUUGUAUCACUCGAAGAAAUCCGGUGUGUUUUCGGCCAAAGAAAAACGAUCGUUGCCCGUUUCUUUCAAGCUAUUUUCAGGGUCCGAAAUGGUGGUUCUUUCAAGAUCGUUUCUCGAGUUCUGCAUAUGGGGGUGGGAUAAUCUCCCGCGCACACUUCUAAUGUACUACACGAAUUUCCUGUCUUCAUCCGAGGGCUACUUCCACACGGUAAUCUGCAACCACAAACACUACCAGAAAACAACGGUCAACCACGAUUUGCGUUACAUGAAGUGGGACGAACCUCCGAAGGAACAGCCUAUGAAUCUGACCGUGCUAAAUUUCGACAGCAUGGUCAAAAGUGGGGCCCCCUUUGCUCACAAAAUUUCUGAGGAUGACUCUGUUCUGGAUAAGAUUGAUAGGGAAGUAUUGAAAAGAUCCAAAGGGCGAUUUACGCCCGGUGGGUGGUGUGUAGGAAGUGUUAUUAACGGGGUGAAAGGGGAUUCUUGUUUAGUUUAUGGGAGUGGCGAUGCAAUUAGGCCUUCUUUGAGUUCGAAAAGAUUGGAGAGACUUGUAGCUUUGCUUCUCGAUUCCGAUAAUUUACGAUCUAAACAGUGUAAAUAAUUUUGAAAUGGCUUCGAUUUUUAGUUCAUCUUGUUGUAUAAAAGUAAUAUAUAUGACGUCGUUAUGUAAGUGUGAUUGUCGGG